AUGAGCAGCAGUCAGUCCAUUCAGGUGCCGCCCAACCUGACGCUGGCCAUGGUACAGGCGAAGGAAAAGGAGCUGGCGGCGCGCCGCGAAGCUAUUCGUGGGCGGCAGCGGUACGUUGCGUCUGAAGUUGAGCCGGAUCCCAACUUUCCACCACACUUUUUGUGCAUCAAGCCGCAGAUAUACCACAACAUUAGAGAGCAGGUCCCAGUGAAUCUACAAAGGUUCAUGUAUAUUUUAUGCACUCUGUAUAUCAGCACGAUUUUUCUUAUCAUCUACAAUAUCGUAUGCGCAUUGGUGAAUCUUCUACAAGGCGGGAACGCUGUGCAUUUUGGGUUUUCAUUCCUGUACCUCCUCGGACUCCCUGGUGCCUUCAUUGUGUGGUACUACAACGCCUACUGUGCGACUCGGGAUGAGUCACGCCCGCGUCAACUGUUAGCAUACCUUGGUUUGCUCUUUGGGGUUGGCUUUGACGUGUGGAUGGCAAUUGGUGUGCCAGGGCUUGGCGGAUGCGGCUGGAUCAUAACACUGGGGCUGACAGGUAAGACUGCCGCAUUCGUCAUGUUUUUGAUUGCCUCCGUUCUGUGGACUCUGCAUGGGGUUAUUCUAUUCUUCAUGCUUCUGCACUACUGGCGCUCCUCACCGAGUGGGAAACGCACACAGUAUGAGGCCAAUGCACUCUAG